AUGAAGACUACCACCUUCCUCACGACAAUCGUCCUCCUCACCCCAACCGUCUUUGCUCGAUGCCUCUUCAUCGGCGCGGGCAACGGUCAAACUUGUUCCUCGUCUGGUCUUGUCUAUGCGUGCGAUAAUGGAAGCACGCCUGGUCCCCUCCCGCCUAGUGUAACUCGUUGCGUUCUCAUUCCAAACAGCACUGCGUAUUGCUGCAGCACCGCCUAA